AUGAAUUGGUAACACCCCUUCGUUGAUGUUUUCAAGUAGUUUGGUGUAUUCGAGAUAGCACAUACACAAUCCAAAGGUUAGGUUUCAGUUGUCCAAGAUAACCAAAUCGGGAGAAAGAUCAUAAGACUAUUAGGAGCGAUAUCUGCAAAUAAUAUGGUCUAGAUUCCAGAUCCUUGUUAAGGAAUCAAACAACUGGGAUUAACUGGCCGAUAUAUUUAUAUUGAAUUCAUUCCGAUCAAAGGGAGAUAUUUCACAAUCCACUUUGAUUUGCAAAUUAAAGACAGAGAUCCCUCGAUCAAGUUAACAGUCUCCAACAUGUAUGAUGUCCACAAAGUUUAGCAAUCACAACUCUUAAUUCCAUACCCAAAGAAUGCUCCCAACAAAUGGACUAUCUUGAUUUUGGAUGUUGAAUAUUUUUUGGGUAAUUUUGGAUUGUUACCAAGCAGUUUGUAUAAGUAAUUCAAGGGAAUUCAUUCACUAAAGUCAUUUCAAAUCUGCAGCUCCAUGAACAUUAGAGGUAUCUAUACGAGUGACAAUCUCUAUGAUUGGGAAACUCUGCCAAAAUAAAUGCUCUUUAAAUUGGCCAAAGGAUAAAAAUGGACAGAAGAAUAUUAGAUUGCAUACUGGCCUACUUUGGAUGUCUCCCCUCAUGUUUUCAAAUAACCUUUGGUAGAAGUGACCACAGACAUUCUGGAAAACUUAUAGAAAAUCUAAGAUAAUAAGGAGAAGUACAAAUAAGAAACCCAAAAGUCCUUUAAAUAAAACUCAAUUUAGCAUAAUACUUAAUAAAUAGAGGAAUUGGUGAAAAAGAGACCUGGUGAUUAUAAUGUAGCACAGAGCAAGUCAGUAGAUGCACAAGAUCAUCCUCUUCAGCCUUAUCCAAUCCAACAACUGGAUAAAAUUAUUGGAUUCACAGUCAAUUCUUGUCCUGAUAUUAAAUGGGGUCGACAAACAGAUACUCAGAAAUAGAUAACAUAUGCUGCAGGAUCAUUAUUAGUUUAAAGCAAUAUAUAAGAUGGAAAAUAGAAGUUUUUUAUGGGGCAUUCUAAGGCAAUUUCAUGUUUGGAUGUAAGUAAAGAUGGUGAAUGGCUAGUGAGUGGGUAGAGUGAAAAGAAUGCUAUCAUAAGAAUAUGGAAGAACAAUUGUGAUUGUUUAAGUGCAUUUGCCACUCCAUAUUCACAUUUGAAUUAUCUAUCUUUUAGUUAAGAUCGCAAAAUGUUAGUGACUGUAGGAUAAGAUGAGCAUAAUAGAGAAAUUAUAAUUGUUUGGGGAUUAGAGAAAAUAGAAACCAAUAGAAAACCCAUCCUAUUUGCUAAACAAACAAGUUCAUGUAAUAUAUUGGCAAUCAAAUUUUCACCUGUUGAUAAUAAUAAAAUACUGUCUUGUGGACAUGAGAAUAUUAGAUUUUGGAGAAUCAAAGAAGAACAUCUUCCUGGAGCUAGUGUUGUAUUAAAUCAUCAUGCGAGAAAUACUACAUUUACUAACUUUGAUUUUGAAUUCAAUUAUGAAGAUCAAAAUGUUAGUAACAUUUAUUUUGGAUCCAAGAAUGGAUAUCUAUUUUAAGUAGCUUAUCAAUCUCAGAAAUUAAUGUAGGUGUAUAAAGUACAUAAUGAUGCAGUCACAGCAGUAUGUUUAUCUGCUGGAUUCUGUAUUACUGGUAGUUUAGAUUAGUACCUUAGAGUUUGGCCCUUAGAUUUCAAUGAGUUUUAUAUUGAAGCUAAACAUGAGGGCAUAAUUACUUCAUUGGACAUAUCAAUUGAUGGUCUACAAGUGGCAUGUGGAACUUCAACAGGAGGAUUGGGUAUUUUAGAUAUCAGCAGUCAUCAUUACAAGACUGUUAUAAGAUCACACACAAAUGUGAUCAAUUAGAUCUAGGUGCAUCCAUAUUCAAAGUUAUUAAUUACAUUGUCAGAGGAUUGCACAAUUAGAUUGUGGGACAUUGAGAAAUCUGAUUAGGUUUAUGAAUUCACAUUCCCAUAAGAUGACAAAUGCGUUUGUUUAUCAUCAUCUCCGAUUGGAAUGUAUUUUGCAGCUGGAUUCAAGUCUGGAACACAUAGAAUAUUUGAUAUUGAGCAGACAUCAAUACUUUUUGAAGGAAAGUAUCAUGAUUUAGAGAUCAAAAGCAUUUAGUAUAGUCCAAAUGGAUAGUAAUUGGUUAUUGGAGAUGCUAAAUCAAUCUACAAAAUCUAUGAUGUGAGCAGAGAUUAUCAGCCUAUCAAAACCAUUCAACAUUCAAUAUAAUCUCAGAAUGUAUGUGGAUAAUUUUCAAAAGAUUCUGCUAUUUUAUCAAUUAUUGAGAAUUCUAACAAUAUUGAAUUGUGGGAUACUUCAUCAUUAUAACAAAUUUUAAAGAUUUAGACAAGGUUCAAUUUGAAAAUAUUGAAAUGGGCAGAGAAUAAUGUAGAAUUAUUGUGUGGAACUACAGAUGGUAGAAUUAUUAUUUAUGGAAUUGAAAGAGUUAAUGACACUAUCACAGCAUACUAUUUGAGAGAAUAGACAUUUAUGCAUAAGUAAUCAUUAAAUGAUUUUGUUGUCUCACCAAAUAUGAAAUAUCUAUUCUCUGUAGGUGCUGAAUAGUAUUUGAAGGUUUGGGAUUAUGAAUUUUAAAUUAAGGGACCAGGAUCUUGUUAGGUCUUCAUUGGUCAUUCCUCUUCAGUAAAUUCUAUUGAUUGUGCUGAUAAUGGUAGUACUAUCAUAACAGCAGGUGGAGAAGAAGGAAUAUUUAUUUGGAAGUUCCUGGGAUAUACAGGUAAAAAUGAAAGGUUGAUUAGAAUGGAAUAGGAGUAAUUAGUAUAAUAAUGUACUAAAAUUGAUAUGUAACCAGACUAAUUUGAAUAAUAAGAGUAGCAAUAGGAUGAAUAAAACGAAAAAUUGGAUGAUUACUAUGAUCUCUAAGAAAACAAUGAGAAUGUUUAACCAAAUAAGGAUGCUCAUUUGCAUACAUUUUAAUAAAGCUAGUUAGUGGAAAUGUUUAGUUUAGUUAGAAAAAUCCCCUAAAAGGAGGAAUAAGAGGAAGAAUAAGGGUUGGCAAACAAAAAUGUCAACACACCAUUCAAGCCUGAUCACUUCAAACCAUCCAGAUUAUAAUAAGAGUUUAAGCCUAUAACUUUCGAAUUCGAGAGAUAAAUUCUGAAUAAGAGAAGAUCAAGAAGUCAAAUUAAAAAAUAAUAAAAUAGAUAGCAUUCAUCUACUUAAUUACCUUUCAGAUAAUACAUUUUACAAUAAUAAAAAGGUUAAUUAUAACAACCUACUUUAUCUUGUAAGUAUAUGGUUGGCUAUAACACAAAAACACAUGAUAAUGUUAUAUGGUGUUAAUCUUAUGGUUGGUAUGCAUAUACAUCUCAAAAUUAUGUUAUCUUUGAAAAAUUAUAGUAGGAUAGAGAAUAAUAAAUUUUGAGUUUCAAUGCCACUGUGAGUGUUAUCUACCUUGAUAAAACUGAAAAGCAUCUGAUUGUUGGUCUUGCACAGAAGGUACAAGAUGCUGCUCCCAUAUAUGUUUAUGAAAUCCAGAAUAAUGCUAGUCAAUUGGGAUUCAAAUAAAUAGCUCAGAUGAACUUUCAUACUUAAGGAGUUCAUUAAAUUUUGCUUACAGAAGAUGAAAAGUACCUAAUAUCAGUAGGAAAUGGAAAGGAGUGCACAAUUGUUAUUUGGGAUUUCUCCACUAAAAAAUUGAUAACCUCUUCAUAUACAUUAGAUAGAAUAAAUGAUAUUAAAAUAUCAAAAUAUUCAUUCUCUAAAGAACGUAUCAUAGAAUUCGCAACAGUUGGCAGAGAUUAAAUCUAUUUGUGGGCUUUUACCAAAGAUCAUAAGUUAGAAUAUUUUGAUGUAUUCCUACCUAAGAAUGUUAAUACAAACGAACUUGAAGAAAUAACAGCAUUUGAUUAUGUAGUUUAUGAGGGUAGCAAAAAUAAAUAAACAUCAUAAUCAUUAAAUCUAUCAGAUAGAGUGUCUUUUGAUAAUAGUUAAUAAUCAUAAACUGUAAAAACCGAAGAGAUACUUUUGGAAGAAGGUUCUAAGAAUUAAAUGUCAUUUCCUUAAUUAUAAUAAGAACCAACAUAAGAAUCGAUGAAACAAUAAUAGUAAUAAUAAUAAUAAAAUAAAAAUCAAAUUACAUAAUUACUGAUAUUGGGAUUAAAGUCAGGGGAAAUAGUGAUAAUGAAAUACGGGGAAUUUAAAUCAAUAUAUAGAAAAUAAAUAACUAAUGCUGAAAUCACUUAUCUUAAAGUGAGUUAGGCAGCAGGGAAGAUAAUUUUAGGUAGUAUCGAACAUUCAUUUUUCAUCAUGGAUAUCAAAGCAGUUUUGACUUUAUAAUCCUUCUUAGAUUCGGGAUUCGCCUUUUAGAGAAUCCAAUUACCUGCUAUGGUUACAUCUUAUGUAUUAGAUCCAUUUUACACCUAAGGAAUCUUUGGAUUAGGCAAUGGCAAUAUUUAUCUGAUAUCGUUUGCAACAAAACAAUAUUUUCUCUUGAAUGCUUCAAAUUGUGAUUAAAGUGAGAUUGAAAUACAGUUAUGCAAAUUAGUGGAGGACAAUAUUUUAGUCACCACCUUCAAUCAAGGAAUAGUCAAAUUGUGGAGAAUGGACACAGCUGAAUUACUUGUUGAAUAUCAAUGGGAUAAGGAAAUUGUGUAGUUUUUCUAUGAUGCUCAAAUCAAAUAGAUAGUGUUUAUAUAGGAGUUCGGUUAAAUCAAGACUAUCCACAUUGAUAGAUUGGAUAUUUAUGAUUAGUACUAUCAUAUUGGAAAGGGAGGACCUGAUAAAAUAAUUUCUUGUGUUUUUGGAAUCUUUGACUCUAUUCCAGGUAAGUUCGUUUUGGAUGAGAGUGGAUAACUCUUCUUUUUAGAACAUCUGUAUAAGAAUCAAGAAUAUAUCAUCAGAUACAUCAAGGCAUUAGAGUUACCAAAUGUUUGUUAAUUGGUAGAGCAAUGUGAAAAGAGAGUAAUUUUUGCAAUAGAAAAAGACACUGGAGUGGUUUCAACAUUGUAGGUAGAUUACAACUCAACCAGAUAAUAUCAAUUUGCAUUUACACUUUUCGAUUAGAUUAAUUUCUUAGAAAAUCCACAUGGUAAUUUGGACAAUGAAUAAUCUCAAAAAGAUACCUAAGCACUCUACUAAUCAGUUGACACUCAAACUUCAAUUGUACCUGCAUAAGGAUUUGAUAACGUUUACUUUGCUGUACUCAAUACCUUACAAUAUCUAUAUGGCAGAAAUUACAACAAAAAACAAAUCAUCUUGCUUGUCAAUUUGAAUGAUUUCCCACUCUAUUUGUCUUUGGAUAAUAAUCUUAAAGUCUAUGUAGUCACUCAAAAUGGUUCCAUUGAAGUGGUCUUACCUAAUGAUGCGUCAAAUCAAAAUUAAAUUCAAAUUUGUUAAUUAAAUAGUUAAAUUGACAAUAUUAUUUGUCAGAAAAGAAAAACCAAUUUUGUUAUCACCAACAAAACUAUCAUGAAUUUUUAUUAAUAUAUCUGA